AGCGGGGGAGGCUGCCACUGGCUUCUCCAUUCCCUCGUGGUCGGACGCACCCGCUCUCCGCUGCUCCCGGGACGUUGCCAGGACCGUGACCGUCCUCUCCUUGGAACAUGAACGCAAGCGGCCCCGGCUACCCCCUGGCGUCCCUCUACGUGGGCGACCUGCACCCCGACGUGACAGAGGCCAUGCUGUACGAGAAGUUCUCCGCCGCUGGGCCCAUCAUGUCCAUCCGCGUCUGCCGCGACGUGGCCACGCGCCGCUCCCUGGGCUAUGCCUACAUCAACUUCCAGCAGCCUGCGGACGCUGAACGAGCCUUGGACACCAUGAACUUUGAAGUAAUCAAGGGCAGACCCAUCCGUAUCAUGUGGUCCCAAAGGGAUCCGGGGCUCCGGAAGUCUGGAAUUGGCAACAUCUUUAUUAAGAACUUGGAUGACUCCAUUGACAACAAGGCCUUGUAUGACACCUUCUCUACCUUUGGGAACAUCCUCUCUUGUAAGGUGGUGUGUGAUGAAAAUGGCUCCCGGGGAUUUGGCUUCGUCCACUUUGAGACAGAGGAGGCUGCAAAUCAAGCAAUCAACACUAUGAAUGGGAUGCUGCUUAAUGACCGGAAAGUUUUCGUGGGCCACUUCAAGUCCCGGCAGGAACGGGAGGCAGAGUUGGGGGCACGAGCACUAGAAUUCACCAACGUCUACAUCAAGAACUUCAAAGAAGAUGUGGAUGAACUGUGCCUUCAGGAACUCUUCUCCCGAUUUGGAAAGACUCUAAGUGUGAAGGUGAUGGUUGAUGAAAAUGGCCAUUCUCGAGGCUUUGGUUUUGUCAACUUUGAGAAGCAUGAAGAAGCUCAGAAGGCUGUGAGUAGCAUGAAUGGGAAGGAGCUCGGAGGUCGAGUCCUGUAUGUCGGACGGGCCCAGAAGAGGACAGAGAGGCAGGGGGAGUUGAAGCGUAGAUUUGAGCAGAUGAAGCAGGAGAGAGUGAACCGCUACCAGGGUGUAAACCUGUAUGUGAAGAAUCUGGAUGAUGUCAUUGAUGAUGAGAAGCUGCGGAAGGAAUUCUCUCCUUACGGAGUGAUCACCAGUGCCAAAGUGAUGACAGAGGGUGGCCACAGCAAGGGGUUUGGCUUUGUGUGUUUUUCCUCCCCAGAAGAGGCUACAAAGGCCGUGACGGAGAUGAAUGGACGGAUUGUCAGCACCAAGCCCCUCUAUGUAGCCCUGGCCCAACGCAAGGAAGAGCGGAAGGCCAUCCUCACCAAUCAGUACAUGCAACGCAUCUCCGUCCUCCGAAACAUAAAUGGCCCCAUCUUUCCCCAACCCACCAAUUAUUUCCUGCCUGCCAUCCCCCAGGUGACCGCAAUCUUUCAGUCUCCUACCAGAGCAACCUUCUACAGUCCCAGCAGCAUUGCCCCAGUUCGGCCUGCCCCAGGGUGGACCAGCUUUUCUCCUAGGUCUUCGUCCACACCCCGGCACUCCAUCUCCAACGUCAGUACUGUCCGGCAGGCCUCUACUCAGGUGCCCCGGGCAGGGCCCCACAUGCAGAGAGUGGUCAGUAUUGGGACCCAGACUAUGGGAACUGGGUGUCCAGGCUCCCCAGGCCACACCAUCGCCCAGUACAAGUACUCCUCAGCUGUGCCUAAUGCACAUCAGGUAAUGGAGCCAGCUGUGUAUAUCCAAGGGCAGGAGCCUUUAACUGCAUCUAUGUUGGCCUCAGCCCCACCCCAGGAACAGAAGCAGAUGCUUGUCUUCUUAAACCUUACUCCCCGACACGUACUGUUUGAUCCUGUGAUGCUGGCCUCCUGGCUGUUCCAUGAACACGACGCUCCAUCUCUUGGCUCUGGGCGUUUUCUCUGGCUGUCCCCCAUGCCUGGAAUGCUCUCCCUCCUCGUCUCCACCUCCUGGCAUCCCUCAAGCCCCAACCAAAAUCUCACCUUCAACAGGAAGCCUUAAUUCCCAAUCCUGUCUUCCCUCUGUUAUCUCCUGCUUAUCCUUCAUAUCUACCUUGUUUGUACAUAUUUGUUUGCUUGUUAUCCCUACCCCCUUACCCCCCAAUCAGAUUGUGAGCUCCCUGAGAGCAAGGUUUGUCUUUUGCUCUUUUUUUGUAUCCCCAGCACUUAGUACAGUGCCUGGCACAUGGUACAUAAGUACUUAAUAAAUGUUUAUUGACUGAAUGACUGAAUCCACUGCUUACCUCAUAGGGCUGCUGUAAGGAAAGUGCUAUGGAAAUGGGAACUAGUAUUUGUGAUUUUUUACUAAAGGUCUUCAUUCCAUACCUCCCUUCUCCUUAAAUAGCUUCUGGCCUCCUUCCAGGAUGGGCUUGGGAAUGGAUGAGAACCUUCCUUAGCUCUAACCUAGGAAGUUGUUAACCCUUGGGCUUGUGGGGAGGAUCCUUCUGUCUACUCCAGGAUCACUGGCUUCUGCCUCCCUGAAUUCUGGGGAGGGGUGGUCAUAUUGUCUUGUCACGCAGUGGGGAAGAGUGCUGGUCUUGGCAUCAGAAGACCCAAGCUGGAGUCCCGUUUCAGACACUUAAUAGCUGAACUAACUGAGCAAGUCUCUUCUCCUGUUCUCACAUGUGUAAAGUGGGGCUAACAACAUCAACACAAAGAAGCAAGCAUGAUAUGGUGGCUGGAGAGCUGCCCUGGGUUCACGUCCCACCAAGACGUAUACUGGCUGGGUGACUUGGGAUGAAUUACUCUAAUUUCUCAGGACCACUGGACACUUAUUAAGUCUAAGGUACACAAUAGUUGCUCAUCUGGAGUUUGGGGAAGCUCCUUCCCUGCUUUAGUGAUGAAAUCACAGGUCCAGGACAAAAAGAAAAAAAAUGACUCUACUUCAGAAGGUUGUUGAGGAAGACGCCUUCAUCAGCCUUAGGAACUCAUAAACACAGGUACUUCGUCCACUGGUGCAGGCUGUAACCUGACUUUGCCUUCUUCUUACUCUUAUCUUGGUUUUUCUGUGGAGCUUCCUGAAGUAUCUAGAACCUGCCCUCUCUGGUUCUAAUAGUUCAUGGAUAGCAGUAGUAAAGCCAUUCCAGCUUUGCUCUUCACUACAUGAUUGGCUCACGUUACCUUCCCUGGUCUUUUCCACUACUACUAUUCAAACAUACGUCACAGCUGGCAACAGGCUAUGCCCUGACACUACCAUGUGCCUUUCCAUUACCUUUUAGGUCAUUUGUAAUUCUGAUGCUUUUGAGAUUCUGGCAUUCCGUGAUUCAAGGCUACAUGGCAUAACUGGGAUACUAUCAUAAAGAUGGGCUUCUGCGGCAGUGGGUAGUUUGGGAUCAUGGAAAGUGCUAAUGUUCCUAAAUGUGAUCUGGCCCGGCUUCUUCCAUUUAUUGAACUUUAAGCCCAGGUCACCAUCCAUAAGGGGUACCUAAGAUCUAUGACCUGAUAGCCAGCUCAAUGGCUGCCCUUGGACAAUGGCUAUUUUUAAAAAUUUGUUUGCUUUUUCAUAAGUGGAGCUAGGCCAUUCUCCUGAUUAACUGAAUUUCCCUGCAAAGUCACUGGUGUUCUUGGGUUCAGUGUAAUUUGCCCAAUGUUAUCCACAAAUGAGUAUCUGAAGAACUUUGCCAUCUAUAGAAAAUCUUUUUUCUAUUUGGACUUGACCCAGCACACCCUUCCUAACCGUAGCACCCAUUUUUGAUAAGCAUAUGUCUCCUUUGCUAUUCACAGGAUUAUUAGUUGUUUUUGUUUUUCUUGCCUUCUGUUUUUACUUUAUUUUUUGGUGAGGCGAUUGGGGUUAAGUGACUUACCCAGAGUCACACAGCUAGUGAAUAUUAGUUGUUUUUGUUUACUGGUAAUAUAGACUCUAAAAUGUCAGACGGUUAGCUACAGUGAUGGAAGGCUUCAGGGAAAGUGGUUACUUAGCAGAAGCAGAAAGCCAGGUAUAGUCUGAUAUAGUCUUUUUAACCCUAGACCUUACAGUUUGAAGAAUCAAGUAGGUUAGGUCCCAUGGCCCAAAAUUCCAUAGGGAAAGACAACCCAGAAGCAAUAGAGUGCUAUCAGGAAUGAAACUUAGAAGAUAAAGAGAAGCAAUUCUGUUGAGGAAGAAGAACUAAUGAAAGUGGACAGACAGGCAUGGAUACACAUCAACCAGGUUAAGUGUUUAAAAGCAUGUACUAAAGCUGAUGGAAGCAAUGGCUCAUGGUGGAGGGGAUACCAUGGUGUUACCCCAUGAGAACAAUGUCAAGAAUGCUUAGCUUGGAGUGAGCUGAGACUUUGGAGGAAAGCUGAGGAUAACAAAAAGGGAUUUUUAAAGCCAUGCUGAAGGAAAGGGGUAAAAGAGGACAAAGUGGGAUAACCAACAACAUAGAAAAUGGGGUUAACUGCUCUUAUUUUGCUUUUGUUUUCUAAACACAGUGAAUUUUGGACUGAAAAAGAAACCCCAAAUAAGCAGACAGUAGGAGACUGCCUAGCUGCCCUGCAUUAGUUCAGAUCACCAGUGCCAGAUAAAUAAUGGCAGCUAACAUUUAUAUGGCAUGCACAAGUGUGUAAAGUAUUUUACAUUUGUUAUCUCAUCUAGUCUUUCCUAUAACUCUUAUGAAGUUGGUCCUUAUGUUACCCCCAUUUUGCAAACGGGGAAGCAGAGACUGAAAGCAGUCAUAUGACUUGCCCAGGGUCACAGUGUUUCUGAGGCAGCAUUUGAACCUGCGUCUUCCUGAUUGAUUCCAGGGCCUGCUUGCACUAUCUAGCUGUGACAGAUGAACUACAUAUACCAGGACAGAUAUGGGUGGCCUGCAAGAAAUGGCGAUUAUUACUACUGAGCCACUGCUAUUUUUAUUGAAAAUGUGUGGGCUAGUGAAGUGGAUUCAAGACUUACUGACCAGCUAGUCAAAAAAAGUUGACACCUUCAGGUUAGACUAGAUGGCCUCUGAGGUUUCCUAUAAUUCAGAUUCCAUGGUUCUUGUAUGAUCUUGUCAAAACCUUGCUUAAGGAGAACUGGACUUUGAUCUGCCAAACAGAAUUUUUUCUUACACAGCCAAAUUUUAUAAUCUUCACACCUCACAAUCAACUGCAUGACUUCGAAGAUGCACCCUUUUAAACAGACUCAUCUGCAAAAGCUUGCCUGUUCCCACCUCCUCUUUAUCAAGCUUACCUUAGGGGGAAUGAGUGAGCUAACAAACAGAUGGCUUGGGGUGGAUACUGAUUUGCUUUCUGGUAGCUAAGCUUUUGGUAACAACAUUCUAUGACCUUUUAUACUCUAGGAAAUCUUUCCCUCCAAGAAUUUAAACCAACCUAAGACUAAAAUUUUCCUCUCUCUCAAGUGGAUUUGUUCUACAUUCUUUCCAACUUUUAGUUGCUCUUUUCUCAGGUCCUAAGGUGGUAGAUUGGGUCCAAAAGUCAUGCUUUCAUUUUCAUCAAUUGUGAAUGUAGAGUACCAAGUAAAAACUGGCAGAUGUUUCACGUCCACUUGUUUUCCUCACAGUUUUGUUGAAAAAUGUGCCUGGGGUGGGACACCUGAGCCUUAGCCUAGCUUUCGGUAACCUUAUUUUUCACUUUUGCUAGUUUUCUAAUGCACCUAUUCACCCGCUAGCUUCCUCUCUAAUGUUCUUCAAAGGAGUUUGUACUCUAAACCCAUGUUAUCCUCUAGCUGCUGUGUUUUUUUGUUUGGAAAAGAAACCAAGUGUUUGUUGGCUAAGGAAGUUUCUGGACUCUUAGCUUCCUUGUUGUUGUGACUAUUUUUGACCAGGUAAAUGUCUAACAGUGAUUAUCCGAGUCGAUGCCUUACUUAUCAGUUGGAAAUUUUCUGUUGGUAGCUUAUUGAAAUAGGUCAAGUUGACUCCUUCUACCGGAGAUUGCCUUCUCAUCUUUAUUCUAAGUGUAUACACAGACUGAUUCUGGAAGUCCCCUAUGUCAAUAACCGGUAACUACUUUAGACAUUGUUGUUACUGCGUUAGCAGGAGAGGUUCCAAAGAGUUCUGCCACCCUUCUCAGGUGAAGGUCAAAGCUUCAGGUCUAAUCUGGUUCUAUAAAAGGACUGUGGAAUUGGGGUAGCAUGGGAAUAACAGCUGAUUCUUACAUGGUAAGUUUUUCACAGCACUUGAGACACAAUGCUACUGCUGUUCCCGUUUUCCAGAUGAAGAACAAGGGGGCAGAGACAGGGCUGAUGCAGGGUGUAGCAUGCAUUGCAGUAUCAGCCAGUCUGGGUCUAUGCAGUAUCCCCCCUGCUGUUUUGAGCAGGUGACAGACUCUACUCGCUUAUUUAUGGGAUACACGCUCCUCUUGCUGGCAAGAUCACUGGCAUGCUGCUGGAGAUCGACAACUCAGAACUG